AUGAGUUCAUCACCAGUUGGCAAGUACCUCAAAACAGUCUUCGCAAAGAUAGUAGACAAUUUCCUCUUGACAAUCGCAGUGCCAUUCGCCACUGCAGCUGUCAUCGUGGGAGCAAGCAGGUCUGAUGAGCUCACCCCUCUGCUUCAUUCUGUCAGGAACACGGACGUGCUCACAAUUGGGUUCCUCUUGGGCACAGCAGUGAUCGUACUCGUCAUGCGGCGCCCACGGGCGGUGUAUCUCGUUGACUACGCUUGCUUCCGUCCCCCAAAUACCCACCGUGUUCCUUCCGCAGGCUUUGUCGAGCACGUCCAACAAGUCAGCCACUGGACUGAACGCAGUAAACGUUUCCUGAAACGUCUUUACGAACGUUCAGGCCUUGGUGAGGAAACAUGCGUGCCUCUAGUGGGCCACUACAUUGACCCGUACAAAUACAGCAAGUUUGAGGACGGCCGUGAGGAGGCAGAGAUGGCUGUCUUCUCGGCCAUCGAUGAACUGUUCUCGAAGACAAGCAUCGCACCUCAAGCCGUCGAUAUUCUUGUCACAAACUGCAGCGAGUUCAAUCCUACACCAACUUUCUCUGACAUGAUUAUAAACCGGUACAAAAUGCGCAGCGACAUCCACCAUGUCCACUUGUCCAGUAUGGGGUGCAGCGCAGGGCUAAUCUCGAUAGAGCUUGUGAAAAACCUCCUGCAAGCUGCGCCAUUCGGUGCAAAUGCUUUAGUUGUUUCAACGGAGACCCUCAGUGACAAUCCCUACCCGGGAAACGAGCGAGCUAUGCUGCUUCCGUUUUGCCUCUUUCGCAUGGGCGGAGCCGCAGUGCUGCUGUCAACUUCCCCAAGCAUGGCCAGAUUCAGACUUAGGUGUAUCAUGCGUACACUCACGGCUUCAAGUGACCAGUCAUACCAAUGCAUCUACAAAGAAGAAGAUGACAAGGGAUAUACUGGUGUUAAUCUCUCCACCGAACUGGUGGCCGUCGCUGCUAGAACUCUUAAAACCAACAUCACGUCCAUUGCGCCUCUUGUACUCCCACCCUCGGAAAAGCUUUUGUUUGCAGCAUCCUUCACCGCACGGAAACUUCUCAAUGGGCGGGUAAAGCUAUAUAUCCCUGACUUCCUCUCUGUAUUCCAGCACUUGUGCAUUCAUGCAGGCGGGCGUGCAGUAAUUGAUGGUGUCCAACGUAACUUCAGCCUAUCGGACGAGAAGAUUGAGCCAUCAAGGAUGACGCUACAUCGAUUUGGUAACACAUCUAGCAGCUCAAUUUGGUAUGAACUGGCAUAUGUUGAGGCUAAGGGCCGCAUGGACAAGGGCAAUCAAGUGUGGAUGAUUGGGUUUGGCUCUGGGUUUAAGUGCAACAGUGCAGUAUGGGAGUGCAUUCGACCUGUCCACGAUGCACAUGGACCAUGGGCUGACUGCAUCGAUCGUUAUCCAAUGCAUAUUCCCUGA